UAUCACUCCGCCAGUUGUUUUCGAACCAUUCGAAUGGGAUUGAAUAGCAUAUCAUAUCGUAUCCGCUACCUGUAUGAUUAUGUAUAUGUAUAGCAUGUCAUAAUCAAAACAAAACAAGAACGUCAAUCGCCAGAACGUUGCUGCAGGUCAUCGACGUUAGCAGAAAUUCUGUGAUUUUUUUCAUAUACAAGUGUUAUCAGUGCAAUUAGAGCACAGGACAGAUAGCCAUGCUGGCCGGAGGACACGGUGAACCCAACCCGAACAGCUCCUGGAUGGACUCCCGGGGACUGUGGUUGGCUUACAUUCUUGGCAUCAUCCUUUUCCAUAUCGUCAUCCUGGCGGUACCAUUCAUUGAUAUUCCUUACGCAUGGACGAUUACGAAUAUUACGCACAAUCUGGCUCAUCUUUACUUCUUGCACUCGAUAAAGGGUGCACCGUGGAUGAGCAUCGAUACUGGAGAUUCGCGAAAGUAUACUCACUGGGAGCAGAUCAACCAUGGCGAACAGUUCACUGCUACCCGGAAGUUCCUGACGGCAGCGCCGAUUGUGUUGUUCCUGUUGACGUGCAUGUACACUCGGAAUGACAUCGAUCACUUCAUCGCAAACUUCAUCUCACUGUUUGUAGUGCUGGUUCCGAAGCUACCACAGUUCCACGGAGUUCGACUGUUCGGGAUCAACAAGUACUGAGCGGAGGCGGGUUUUCCAACGCGCCAAGUUAAACAAUAAAUAGCUGAAAGCAUCACCACACCUGUGAGAUAUCUGAAGUAACCGAUACUGGGAGCUGGAAGUAGUUAUACCAUAACUAUAUAUCGCAUAUUACCUACAACUAAACUAUACAAGUGUAAACUAACUAGAUUUUAUCUAUACGGAAUGUUUCUCACAAGAAGGAUCUGUUUGGGGUGGCUUAGAAUUAGACCAGGGGGCUCGCUAUUUUGUGGCCUGGUGUAGAACUCAACAUAAACCGAUUAUGGUUAUUGAUAAUGUGAUUUUAUCUGAUUGAUGUCGUUUGGUUUGGGGUUGACCUUUGUUAGAUGUGAAAGACUUAUUACGAGCUGUGUACCAUCGGACUGAGAUGUACCUUAUCCUUGGAAUGGUAAAUAAAUAUAUGGAAAAAUA